AUGCUCCACCAAGCUGAGGAGUACGUGGGGGCAGUUCCUCUUAUUAUUUUCCUUAGUGACACGGACUGCACGGUUCAGGAGAAGCCAGCACCACUGACGUAUGUGCUCCCACGAAGUUCUGUGCUAAUGGCUGUGCGAAGCGAAGUACAAAACUUCUUUUCCUCCUACACCGUUGUGAAGGCCGACGCAUUACCGCUUGUGUGGCUGACGUGGAGGGGUGAGCCGGUGCCAUGGCACUACCCCAUAGGAGCAAUCAAAGACAGCAUCAACGCACUGUUGAUUGCGGAACGAGGCAAUACGGCUUCGAGGGCAUACCACACAGAAUCAUCGCCGCUUUCCCCGGCUGAGUUGUACCCCACAGUGUUUGGCUCUCCACUUAUGUUGGAGGUGCGCAUUACAUGCGUGACCGCGGAAAGGCCGUUGGCGGUGCCCUUUGCUGGACAGGAGGAGGCUCUUUCUCGUCGCUCAACAGACCAGGCAAUGGGCGAAUUCUUGAAGCAGGUGAUAAAAGGAACCUUUUCCGCCAUGUACGGCAGCAUUAAGGCACUUAUGGAUGUUCGUAGCGAAGUUAUUAAUGACUUGCUGAACUUCGCCACGUGCAUAUCCGUCGGAGAUCCAUUCGUGCAGGCUUUGAGAGCCUACAAUGAACGCAUCGUGGGGUUGCGACGACUGGCAGGGAAGCCAAAAAACGUGGCUGUCAUGAUCAACAAUCCAUUUGGUAAGAAUUCCAUGCACUUUGCGCUGUUUCGCGUUCCUCUUAGGGUUUCUGGAGUGGGCGAUGACAAAUUUACUCACGAUAAGUUCGAGAAGGCACGACCAGGCGUGGAAAGCAACAAUAGUAACUGCAGCAACGACCACGAACCCAGCAAUCCUUCGGACAAAUUAAGCGGUGAAAUGAAGCCCAAGGAGCACCCACUGGAAACCCCCUUUGGAAUGGUGGUUUGGCGGGCUCUCCUUGAGCCGUAUUUAAAAUGGCGAAACCUCAAUGGAGAAGACGGCGCCAAUUCGACUUGUGCCGAACCCUUUUUUCGUGCUCUCUCUCCUUUUUACAAUGGCUUGGAUACUAAUGCGUCCGUGAACGCUGCGCUCUCUUCUCCUGCAGCCGAUGCACUUGCUAAUGACUUUAUUGCAGCGGGCGAUGCAAAUACGGAGUCGAUUGGGAUUCGAGUGACAAUUCCCGCAACGCCUCCCCAAGAACGACGCCUCUGCCUUAUCGUUCAGGGACUGCAGCCGCCGCUGUGCACUCCGGUGGGAUAUCUUCUUGACCGUUUUGCUUCUGCGGAUGGUCGCUUGUACGUGACGUUGGCGGCUCUUUGA